AUGCUUGAAGUAAUUGAUCGAAUUGCUACCCAGCAUGUCGAUUCUGACUCUGCUGAUAGUCCCUCACAGAAACCUUCCUUGACUGAUGUAAAGGGUAACCAGGAGAAUUUUGGAUCCUACAAAGUCGAUGAAUUUGAAAAUAAUCCAUUCCUCAACCCUGAGCUCGCCCAGCGCUAUGCAUUGAUUUAUGAAAAGUCUCAAUAUGAAGGGCGGCACCUCUUCGAUCCGGCCCUAACUUGGCGUCCGGAGGAAGAGAAGGUGCUGAUUCGCAAGUUGGAUUUACAUGUUUGUCUGUGGGCAUGUGUCAUGUUCUUCAGCCUUCAAGUGGAUCGCGGGAAUCUCAAUCAAGCGGUGUCCGAUAACUUUUUGGAUGAUCUUCACCUAACUACCAAUGACUUUAACCUUGGAAAUACUGUUUUUUAUGUUUCCUUCCUUCUUGCGGAACUGCCCUCUCAACUAAUAUCCAAGAAAAUUGGCCCCGACCGAUGGAUCCCUAUGCAGAUCACCCUAUGGUCCGUUGUGGCUAUGGCACAAGCUGGCUUGCGUGGCCGAGGGUCUUUCUUGGCCACCCGAGCGCUCUUAGGAGUUCUGGAGGGGGGCUUCAUACCAGAUAUUGUCCUUUGGCUUUCUUAUUUCUACACCAAUCGCGAGCUUCCUAUCCGACUAAGCAUAUUUUGGGCCAUGUUAGCCUUGACCGGUAUCGUUACCUCGUUUAUAGCCUUUGGCGUUCUCCACAUGCGAGGCGUUCAUGGAUGGUCUGGAUGGAGAUGGCUAUUCCUUAUUGAAGGCGCGUUGACCUUCGCCGUUGGGCUGGCAUCAUUUUUUAUGAUGCCAGCUUCGGCGGUUGAAACCAAGACUUGGUUCCGACCGACUGGAUGGUUUACGGAUCGUGAAACAGCCAUUGCGGUUAAUCGCGUGCUCCGUAACGAUCCAUCAAAGGGUGAUAUGCACAACCGACAAGCCAUUACCCCCCGCCUACUGUGGAAUAGUUUAUGUGAUUUCGAUCUCUGGCCACUAUAUAUAUUGGGUCUCUUGGUAUAUAUUCCCAUCGUACCAGUAUCAGCAUACCUCACAUUGACAUUAAGAAACAUUGGAUUCAGCACGGUUAUCACCAAUCUACUAACCAUCCCAGUGUCAGUUGCAAGUAUUUUCACGAUUGUUGGACUGACAUGGUUCAGUGAACAGGUUAAUGAAAGAAGUCUUGUUGCAAUGUUGCAGAAUGUUUGGCUUCUUCCAUGCCUUUUUGUGCUGCGAUUUUGGCCGGGUUUGAUAGACAAUGCAUGGGGUACCUAUGCCGUGAUUGUCGUCCUUCUGAGCUAUCCUUACUCUCAUGCCAUUCUAGUUGGAUGGAUUUCGACCAAUUCUAAUAAUGUCGGGACAAGGUCUGUCUCUGCGGCCAUAUAUAACAUUUCUGUGCAAUUGGCUAGCAUCAUCGGCAGCAAUAUAUAUCGUGCAGAUGAUGCCCCUCUUUAUCACCGUGGAAACACUGUUUUACUGAUACUUAACUUCGUGGCUCUGCUUCUGUUCAUUCUCACCAAGUUGUAUUAUAUAUUCCGGAACAAACAGCGGGAUCGAAAAUGGAGGGCCAUGAGUGAGCAAGAGAAGGUGAACUACCUAGCUAUUUCGAAGGACACGGGCAGUAAACGGUUAGAUUUCCGUUUUGUCCACUGA